GCGGGCGGGCCGACCUUGUCCUGGAAGCUGGGGGAAGCGGCGGCGGCGCGAGGGAGAAGCGGCGGCGGCGGUACCGGGUCUUUGGCCAUGCAUCUGUUGAAGGCCGCCCUCGCCUCGGGGCGGAGACGAGCCGGUUUACGCUGUAUCCGCCAGGUUCUUGUGAGUAUUUGUCGGCAAUGUUCAUCUGGAAUAUUACCAAAUGAAAUGAUUCGGAAUAUAGGAAUUUCUGCACAUAUUGAUUCUGGGAAGACAACACUGACAGAAAGAGUUCUGUACUAUACUGGAAGAAUAGCGGAAAUGCAUGAGGUAAAAGGAAAAGACGGGGUGGGUGCUGUAAUGGAUUCCAUGGAACUGGAACGGCAAAGAGGUAUCACUAUCCAAUCUGCAGCUACUUACACGGUAUGGAAAGCAAGGAAUGUCAAUAUAAUUGAUACACCAGGACAUGUUGAUUUCACAAUAGAAGUGGAACGUGCGCUGAGAGUUUUGGAUGGAGCAAUUCUAGUUUUAUGUUCAGUCGGCGGAGUUCAGUGUCAGACAAUGACUGUGAACAGACAGAUGAAGCGUUACAAUGUUCCAUUCCUUACAUUCAUAAACAAAUUGGACAGGUUGGGAGCAAAUCCCUAUCGUGCUCUUCAACAAAUGAGAUCCAAAUUGAACCUUAAUAGUGCAUUUGUUCAAAUUCCAAUUGGUCUGGAAGGAAACCUGAAGGGCAUUAUUGAUCUAAUAGAAGAACGUGCCAUUUACUUUGAUGGCCAGUUUGGGCAGAAUAUUAGGUAUGAUGCCAUUCCUGCUGAACUGCGAGUAGAGGCUGCAGACAGGCGUCAGGAGUUGGUUGAGUGUGUAGCCAAUGUGGAUGAGCAGCUUGGAGAAAUGUUUCUUGAAGAGAAGGUUCCUACAAUUGAUGAUCUAAAGGCUGCUAUAAGGAGAGUAACUAUUAGCAGGUUAUUUUCUCCUGUGCUAGUUGGAAGUGCUUUGAAAAAUAAGGGUGUACAACCACUUUUGGAUGCUGCUCUAGACUAUCUACCAGAUCCAAGUGAAAUCCCAAACUUUGCCAUUGCCAAUCAAUCGGAUUCAGACGAUAAAGUUAAAGUUCUUAUGGAUUCAAAAAGAGAUGAUUCACAGCCAUUUGUAGGUUUGGCCUUCAAACUAGAGGCAGGUAAAUUUGGACAGUUAACAUACAUUCGAGUUUACCAAGGUAUGCUAAAGAAAAGUGAGAACAUCUACAACACACGAACAGGCAAGAAGAUUCGAGUGCAGCGCUUAGUUCGAUUGCAUGCAGACCAGAUGGAGGAUGUUGAAGAAGCGUAUGCAGGUGACAUUUGUGCUUUAUUUGGCAUUGAUUGUGCUAGUGGCGAUACAUUUACUUCAAGAUCAAACGGCAAUAUUUCAAUGGAAUCCAUUCAUGUACCUGAACCUGUGAUAUCAGUUGCAAUAAAGCCUGUUAAUAAGAAUGAUUUAGAUAAAUUUUCCAAAGGAAUUGGCAGAUUUACACGAGAGGAUCCGACUUUCAGAGUUACUUAUGACACGGAGAGCAGAGAGACCAUUGUAUCAGGAAUGGGCGAAUUGCACAUGGAAAUUUAUGCACAGAGACUCGAAAGAGAAUACAAUUGUCCGUGUCUAAUGGGAAAGCCUAAAGUUGCCUUCAGGGAAACCAUUGCUGCACCUGUUCCCUUUGAAUUUACACAUAAGAAGCAGUCUGGUGGUUCGGGCCAGUAUGGCAAAGUUAUUGGAAUGUUGGAACCUCUGGAGCCUGAAAAUUAUACAAAGUUAGAAUUUGAUGACAGAACAAUUGGAACAAAUGUGCCGCAACAGUAUAUACCAGCCAUUCAAAAGGGUUUCCAUGAAGCCUGUGAAAAGGGUCCGCUGACAGCUCAUAGAAUCUCUGGGGUGCGAUUUGUGUUGGAAGAUGGAGCUAAUCACAUGGUGGAUUCCAAUGAAAUCUCUUUCAUCAGAGCCGGAGAGGGUGCAGUUAAACAGGCUAUGGAGAAGACAAGUUUGAUGAUUCUGGAACCCAUUAUGUCAGUGGAGGUGGUGGCUCCGAAUGAAUUUCUCGGAAUUGUCAUCGGUGGAAUUAAUCGUCGUCAUGGUGUUAUCACUGACCAGGAUGGAGCAGAGGGAUACGUCACACUUUAUGCUGAUGUACCACUGAACGACAUGUUUGGAUACGCCUCAGAACUCCGGUCUUGCACAGAGGGUAAAGGUGAAUACACUAUGGACUAUAGCAGAUACCAGCCGUGUCUGCCCAGUGUACAAGAAGAGCUGGUCAAUAAAUACCUCGAGGCAACGGGUCAACUGCCAGCUAAAAAAGGCAAAGUCAAGAACUGAAUGUCCUGUAAUUAUCAGUUAAUUUUUCAAGAAUGUUGGCAUCACUUCACAAGGCAUCAAUGCAUCUCAAGAAGUAGCAGAACACAGUGUCACUUUCCAUUUAUCAAAUCAAUCUAUUUUUGAAGGAGUCUGAUUACCAGAUUAUAAUGCAUGGACAAUUCAUGCUAUACCUCUGAAAUCCACUGCAAAAAUAAACUGCUAGAGAAACCCAGAGGACAAGACAGUGUGGGUGGAAAUGGACAGACAAUGUUUGGGGUCAGGAUCCUACAUUGAAGCUGCUUGGAAACUGCUUCACUGAGUUCCUCCAGCUGUUUGUGUUUUGCUCAAAAUUCCAGCAUCCAGUCUCUUAUGUUUGAAAAAAUCUACUGUUUUAGAAAUUACAAUAGACAUAAAUCAAAUGCCUUUUUGAAAAAUGUGUUGUCUGGAAAACUCUUGAAUAAUUGGGAAAAACCUCUGCUGUUUUUAUUUUCUCUUUUGAAGACAAUCCUUAUUUGUUAUAUUUCCUAAAGUAUUUCCUUAUCUAUUAAAGUACAAAAUACUGUC